AUGGCGGCCGGCGUGGCGGUGAUGAAGAGUCACUCCGACCACGCCAAAAUGGGGACCUUUACCGGCGGCAACGGCUCGGACCCGGCGAAGUUCCGGCCGUCCUCCGGCUUGAUCGACUCGGGGGUCGGAGGGCUUUUCGGCGGCGGCGAAGAGCGGAGGAAUCAGACGGAGGAAUCUCUCCGGCAGGCCAUUGAGUUUUUGUUGUUGGCUUAUGUUGUGGAUUUCAUUGUUACUCGGGCGGAUGCUAAUAUACACCAUCUCGAGCCCGAAAUACACAAUAAACAAAGAAAAAAUUUUAGAAACAAUUUUCUACAGGCAGAUCCCAGUGGCCUUGCAGAGUGGGCAGCUGUUAUUAACCAUCAGCCAGCUCGUUAUGCAUCGAGCAUGAAAAUCAUGCCCACAAUCGAGAACUGCAAUCUUCUCGUCUUCUCCGAACAAACAAUCUUGGCAAACAACACAUAUCUGAGAAUCAGCUUCAGGUUCCAUCCCAUCUUUCAGUUUCAGAUUUUUACUUAUGGCCUUCUUCAUCAUCAACAUCAGCUGAGUCAUACACCACAACAUGAUCCACAAGCCAAUCGGCAGCUAUUUCCUCUUCGUUCAGUACAGUCUCAUGCUCCUCUUCUAACUGAUAGUGCUCAUUUUCGGGCCUGCCCGAAAAGCUUGCUUGGUGACUGA